UGGUGCCCGGCUUAUUUCGGCGACACAAUUCUGGUGAACGGCAAAGCCUGGGCCGUGUACCUCUUCCGCAUUCUGAAAGCGGCCAAUGCUCGGUUUUCACUUGCACCAAUUCCGAAUUGACAGUAUAAAAUGACAUGCAACUUCAUCAUUUUCGCACUGGUCGAUGUGACGGGAGAUCAGAUGAGAUGAGUAUUCGCGUAACGAGAGAGAGGUUGUCCUUCUGGUUGUCUUCAUUUUUCGUUCACAUUCCCACAUUGGUCGAUGCGAGCCUCAAACACUAACCUCUGGCGACGAGGUUAGUGUUUGACUGACAAGUGCUGAUGAGCUUCAAACGGGAGAAGGAAGAAGCCGCAUUGAGGAAGGAGAGCGAGGAGGAAGCGACCUGAUUCUUCCUACCUUCCCGACUCUUCUAAUCAGACGUAUUGGGGAAGGGUUAGGAGCAUAAGGAACACUGUCAACACCACCAAGCUCAUCCUGCCGCUGAAGUCAUUCAUGUGCCCUCUGACGAAGGAGCCAAUGGUGGAUCCGGUCAGUCUAGUAACAGGCUCAUGCUUCGAGCGGGCAUCGAUAACAGCGUGGUUCGCAGAAGGAAACACGAUCGAUAUGAGAACCAAACUCAUAUCGAAAUGGGGUGCUAUUGCUGGGUUGGCUGCCGACGGCAGGCAAAUUGUUACUUGUGCAAGAGCAGAAGCUGGAAAUUACUUGGGCUUUUACGGUGAAGAACUCCCCACCAAAGAGCUUUGCGACAGAGUCGCUUACUACGUGCAUCUAUGCACCCUUUACUGGUGGCUCCGGCCAUAUGGUUCGGCCGCCAUACUAGGUGGUUAUGAUCGGGAUGGUCCUCAGUUGUACAUGAUUGAGCCCUCAGGUGUUGCUUAUCGGUACUUUGGUGCUGCAGUAGGAAAAGGGAGUGCCAAAACAGAGAUUGAAAAGCUAAAGUUGUCCCAAAUGACAUGUCGAGAGGGUGUCAUUGCUGUUGCAAAGAUUAUUUACAAUGUACACGAUGAAGCUAAGGACAAAGCUUUUGAGCUAGAAAUGAGCUGGAUCUGCGAUGAAUCAAAGCGUGAGCACCAACGGGUCCCUGCUGAUCUUCUUGCGGAAGCCAAAUGGGGAAUGUGGGUGGUGUUGAGAAGAAGGAUAUUUCGCGGCUCCUGAUUCAGAUCAGAGGGAAAUAUGGUCCUGACGACCAGUGGCUAGCUAAUUACGUCUGGGGUCUGCACUCUGAUUCGAAAUAAGAUGGUGGCAUCCAAUUGUGAGUUACUCUUAGUUUGUGUGCUGACUGAAUCGAAUGCAUAGCAAGUGGUAGGAUUAUGUCGACAUGGUGACCCGAGCAUUCCAAAGAUAUGACGCUUACCUUCCCAUAGGUAGAAGCUGCUCUCAGAGGGUGCCGUUUCUUAUGUACCAUUUCGUUGACAUCCUUAUCCUCGGCAUUUUCAGGAGUUGCCAUCACUGCCCUCCUCUGUGGAGUUGUCCAACACAAGAUGUAACUGUAUCAGAGGCCACGUUCUCAUUAUUAAUGCAUUUUGUAUAGCAAACUAGGAAUUAAAUGUAAGUUUUAAUCUCACCAGUACAAAGCGAUUGUCCAGAUGUAGAUGUAGAUGUAUAUGUAGAUGCCUGACGCAGUUGCUCAGUUCUGUUGCAAUAUCGAAGUUUCCUCAUAGAGUGAAUAUGUAAUUCGUAAUUCUUAAUAUGUAAUGAACUUAAUUCUGGUGUUCAUUUCGGGUCUGUAUGAUUGGGUCGUUUU